UGGGAUUUGAGAGGCUUAGUUUUGUUUACUUAAAGUUUUUAAAUCUAAAUACACACACACACACACACACACACACACACACACAUUAUCGUGUAAGUUCUGUAUCAGUCACACGUUCAUAAGCAAAAACAAGCUAAUUUGUUUCAUACUAUUGAAAACUCUCACAAAAACCUACACACAACCACAAACACACAACCACAUACAGCAGUGCAGCACAAGACAGUCACUCUCUCUCUGUCUCACGGUGAUGGGAGUAUUAAAUCUGGGGCGUGAACAUACAUAGAUAAAUAAAUAAAGGAGAGAAAAGAAGAGAGGGAUCCAUAGUGCUGGUGGGAUGGGGAGGGAGGAGUAUAUUGAGGGUGGAGAGCGAGGAGGGGAAGAGAGAGAGAGAGGCAUGGGCAAGCCGCCAACGCUGACGAAAGCUGCUUAGCGCAACCAGUUGCCAUGGAUACAGUCAGGGGCAGCACCUUGUGUGUGUGAGAAAAAAGAGAGAGAGAGAGGGAGGGAAAACCAACAGGCAAGCGUCAGACAGAACCAGUGAGGAAGCGAGAGAACACCAAGCUGCAGGACAGAGAGAGAGUGAGAGAGACAGAGGGAGACAGCCAGAGUAAAAGAGUGAUAGAGUGAUAGUGAUAGCUAGAAGAUGGAGGUUCAGUCAGAAUGCGUUGAGCCUCCUCCACCUCCAUGCGAUCCCCAGCCGCCAGGGAAGAUCAACAAAGCAGCCUUCAAGCUGUUCGGAAAACGACGCUCCGGAAUGGCCGGAUUCUUCUCUUUCAGGAACAAAGGGGUCAACAGGAACGGGAAUUCUGUGAAUGUGAAUUCUGUGGGGGCGACUAACGAGCUCGUCAGGAGUAAAACGCAUGACGGACUAACGAGCUUGGAACCAGACGGACAGAGAGGGGAGGAGUCCGGAAUAUCAGAGGCGGGACAGGUGAAGUCUCUCAGCAAAUCACUGAGCUUCUUUUCGCUGCUCAGACGAGGAAGUGUGAGAGCCAAUGAGAAUACAGGGUUUGGGAGAAGGGGGAGGGGUUUAAAAGGCUUCUUCAGUAGUAUGAAAUGGCGACGGAAGGAGAACGUGACGGAGGGAGAGGGGGAGGUAGCGGAGGUGAGAGAGAGGGAAGUGAUUCUAACAGAACUAGUGAAAGACAUCACUCUGACCCUCGAACCCCAGCCCCGCCCACCCCAGGAGGAUCAUGGUAGCUCAGAGGCUGAGCAAAACACAGAAUCGGCAGGAACCUCUCCUUCCAACAACGCCACGACACCACUCACGCAAUCAAUCGCCUUGACGACAAACCUGUCAGAAUCCCUCUAUACGCCAUCCCCCUCCCCUCUCCGCACCGUCCUCCACUCAAAACCCAAAACGUCAAUUUCCUCUGUAACGGCCAUCCCCCCUCUGGAUCAGUGUGACCCCCCAUCCGAACCCUCAGUGGACCGGCUCUGUUCAGUCCUCUUCACUGACGUCACUUCACUCAAGAGCUUCGAUUCACUGACGGGGUGCGGUGACAUCAUCGCAGAUGCAGAAGAGGAGGGGGCAGGAAAUGGGGGAGGAGGAGGAAGUGCUACUAGCAGUAGCACUAGUAGUGGGGAAGGAGGAGGAGGAGGAGUACGAAGCUCCGUUAAUACCGAUGUCACCCCUUCCACCCCUACCUCCACCUCCACUACAGCCUCUGCCCCUGCCCCCCUCCCUGCCAGGGCACGGCUGAUGCCCUCUCACUCUGCCCCAACUCAGCAGCCCUCUGGCAGCGGCGUGGUGGCCUACAUGGGGGGUGGGGAGGAGAUGGCCAGCCCUGACGGGGUGGACGACGCAGACAUGCAGGGGCUCUGGCACAUGCUCCCCUCUGGGGGAGAAAACUCCCCCACCUUCCUCCGAUCCAACUCUCACCUGGCUCCCCCGAGGGGUACAGAGCGGAAACUCACCCAGGUCAAGUCUCUGGGACUCAGCAAGAUCCCUGUAGUGGGGGGAGGAAGGGUGACUAAACUCCCCACUCACGCCGCUUGCCAAACCUCCUCGCCCAAUAAGAAGGAGACUAAGGAGGAAGUCCUGCCCCAACAGGAUGUCCCGGCUCUUAGGGAUGAGGGCUACUGGGAUACGCCCUCUGCAACCCCCACGGCAACGCCAGACAACGGCUUCCUGCGGAACCAGAGGCUUGGCCUAUUGUGUGACAGCUGCUCUGGCGAUGCGCUCUACGACCUCUACAACGAGGAAUUGGAAAGAUCUGAUGACGAGGAAGAGGAAGAAGAUCUGAUGAGUACUCCUUCCACCUCCGCAUGUGAGUACAAACUCAGCCCUCUGGCCCGGACUACUCCUCCUUUCUCCUCCUCCUCUUCCUCUUUCCACUCGAUGAAGGGAAGCACUAGCCUUCCACGCGAGUCCAAAAUCCCUCUUAGUGUCAGACAGACCACACCCCCUCACUCUGCGAGCCAAUCAGCUCUUUCCUCUGUCCACGCAACCGCUCCUCCCUCUGACACACCCACCCAUGCCCCUCCCCCAGCCCGGACCAGAAUCCCUGUCUCCAAGGUGCCAGUCCGUCGCCCUGGGAACAAAGCCGGCAACGCUACACAAGGGCCAGCCCCCAGGAAGUAGCUUUGGA